AUGAAAGAAGAAAAGGAUAGUGAAAUAAUUCAAAAUGAAUUGUAUAAAGAAGAUUUAAAUUCUCCUACCAAAAAAGAAUUAAUAGGAUGGUAUCUUCAUAGUUUUGCUGUGGGAGUUUACGAUACUGCUGCGAUUUCAGUGUUUAUUCCUGUAGUCCUAGAAAAACUUGCUAGUCAUGCUGGAUACGAACUAGAUCAAGUAACUCCCUGCAAUAUGACGGUUACCAAUUAUCAUUGUGUUGCAUAUUUCGGUUCAAGCUUUGUUGACACUGAUUCAUAUUCGUUAUAUAUAAUCUCAUUAUCUGUACUUCUACAAGCAAUUUUGUUCAUUAGUUGUGGUUCUCUGGCUGAUCAUGGAAAUUCACGAAAAAAGUUUCUUUUAUCAUUUUCUUUCGUUGGUGCAAUUUCGACAAUUGCUUUUGUAACUAUUGUUAAUCCUCCAUUAAAAAGUUCUGAUACACCUACUACUAAAGUCAGAGAAUUGGAAGACAAAAUUAAUACAAAAUUAUCUUCAUAUUCCGUGGUUGCUGGUCUUAGUGCUGGUUUAAUAAUAAUAUUUGGAGGAAUUGGAAUGGUUUUAUUAGUUAAUGAUGAUAACAGUCCCCUUGGUUACCAGCUUGCUUUAGCGCUUUGUGGUGUAUGGUGGUUGCUUUUUCUUAUUUUUCCUACGAUGUGGUUAACUGGAAGACCCAGACCCCCUUUACCUAAAGGUGUAAAUUAUUUUUUAUAUUCAUGGAAACGUGUAGGAAAAACAUUAAAAUCAACUCGUGAACUUUGGCAAACCAUGAAAUUUCUUUUUGCUUGGUUUUUUAUAGCUGAUGGUCAAAGUACAAUAGUAACUGUUUGUGUUUUAUUUGGUAAAAAAAAUCUUGGGAUGACAGAUGAAGAACUCUUAAUAUUUGCUAUAGAAGUUCCAAUAUGUGCAGUAAUAGGAAUAUACUUAUUACUAUUUAUACAACAAAAAUUUCAAUUAACAACUAAAACAAUGAUAAUAUUAGAAUGUAUUGGUAUGAUUUUAUUACCAUUAUAUGCGAUAUUAGGAUUUUGGUUACCAUUCGGUCUAGUAUAUAAAUGGGAAGUUUGGAUAUAUUUGGCAUUAUUUGGAUUACUUGUUGGUUCUUUACAAAGUUAUUGCCAAGCUUGUUUUGCUGGUAUUUUGCCUGAAGGUCAUGAAAAUGAGUUUUUCUCUUUGUUUCAGAUUACUGCAAAGGGAUCAAGUGGAAUUGGACCUCUCGUGUCAGGUGCUAUCACAAAUUACACACACAAUAUAAGAUUUUGUUAUUGGUUUUUAUUUGCUUUGAUCGCUUUACCUACCUUUAUAAUAGCAACUAUUGAUGUUGAAAAGGGUAAAAAUGAAGCAAAAGAGUUUGUUAGAAAAGAGAAUGAAAUGGAAAAUACUGACAAUAACGACAAUCAUAGCAUAGGCGAAAAAUAA